AUGGUAAUCGACGAAUUGUUAGAAGCUAUACUGAUAUCCACAUAUCAACUUCCAUCAAAUUCACGAACAAUACACCAGAUUAGUUCUUUACAACGAUUUCAACAGACUAAUACUACGCCUUCCACUACUAUACCAUCAUCUUUGAAUAAAACAUCGUUAUCGAGUAUCAAUAACAAUAACAAUAAAUUUAAUAUUUGUGUAACUGUUGUACGUGAUCGAUUUCCUUUGGAUCCUCAAUGGAAUAAAUUCUAUUCUGAUCAAUGGUAUAUGAGUUAUAAACAUUUGUUACCAAUCACUUUACCAGGUCAUCAUAUUACCAUUGGUCCAGUAUUAAGAAUUACUAAUUUAUUACCAUGUGAUAUGAUAUUUUUUAUUUUCGAAACUGAUAUUAAUGGUACAUUGGGAUCGAAAGAAGAAGCAUGUGUUCAUAAUAUAUACGAUGAUGAAGAGUGUCACUCUAUAGAUCAUGAACGUUAUAAUACAUCUCUUAACUCAACUGGUUUAAUAAAUAACCAAAAGAUAUUGACUUCAGAUUCUAAGAUUAGCAUGGAAAGUGCAAUAGAAUUACAAAGACUGCUUUUAGCUUCAGGGUAA